CCGAUUGGCGGAGCGCGGCGGAGCUGGGGCUGGGAGCGGCGAUGGCGGCGCGGCGGGGACCGGGGCCGGGGCCGGGGCCGGGGCUGGCGCUGCUGCUGCUGCUGGUGGCGGCGGCGCGGGCGGGCGCGGGGCAGGCGCGGCAGGAAGCCGCGGUCCGGGCGCUGGCGCGGCGGCUGCUGGGCCCCCGCGCUGCCGCCGUGGCCCUGUCGGUGGAGCCGGGGCUGGCGGCGAGCGGGACCGACACGUACCGGCUGCGAUCGCCGCCCGGCACCGCCGUGGCCGUGGCCGUGACCGGCUCCAGCGGCGUGGCGGCGGCCGCCGGCCUCUACCGGUACCUGCGCGACUUCUGCGGCUGCCACAUCUCCUGGUCCGGGGCGCAGCUCCGCCUGCCCGACCCGCUGCCCCGGCUGCGGAACGAGAUCCGCGUCGCCGCGCCCGGCAGGUACCGGUACUACCAGAACGCCUGCACCCAGAGCUACUCCUACGCCUGGUGGGACUGGGCGCGCUGGGAGCGGGAGAUCGACUGGAUGGCGCUGAACGGCAUCAACCUGGCACCGGCCUUUGCGGGGCAGGAGGCGGCCUGGCAGCGGGUUUACCGCUCCCUGGGCCUCAACCAGUCCGAGAUCGACACGUACUUCACCGGGCCGGCGUUCCUGGCCUGGAACCGCAUGGGGAACCUCCGCGGCUGGGCAGGGCCGCUGCCGCCCGCCUGGCACCUCAAACAACUUUACCUGCAGUACCGGAUUGUGGAAAGGAUGCGCUCGCUGGGAAUGACCACGGUGCUGCCAGCCUUCGCGGGCCACGUGCCCCAGGGGGUUCUCCGGGUCUUCCCACGUGUCAAUGCCACUCGCCUUGGGGGCUGGAGCCACUUUGACUGCACCUAUUCAUGUACCUACCUGCUGGACCCCGAGGACCCCAUGUUCCAGGUAAUCGGCACCCUCUUCCUGAAGGAGCUGAUCAAGGAGUUUGACACAGACCACGUCUAUAGCGCCGACACCUUCAACGAGAUGACCCCCCUCUCCUCUGACCCUGCCUAUCUCUCCAGGGUCAGCAACGCUGUCUUCAGGUCGAUGGCAGGAGCUGACCCCGAGGCGCUGUGGCUGAUGCAGGGCUGGCUCUUCCAGCACCAGCCGGACUUCUGGCAGCCAGCGCAGGUGCGGGCGCUGCUGCACGGUGUUCCCCUCGGCAGGAUGAUCGUUCUCGACCUUUUUGCUGAGUCCAAGCCUGUCUAUCAGUGGACAGAGUCCUUCUACGGGCAGCCUUUCAUCUGGUGCAUGCUGCACAACUUCGGGGGCAAUCAUGGCCUCUUUGGCACUGUGGAGGCCAUCAACCGUGGCCCCUUUGCUGCUCGCCGCUUCCCCAACUCCACCAUGGUGGGCACGGGGCUGGUGCCUGAGGGCAUUGAGCAGAAUGACAUGGUGUACGAGCUGAUGAAUGAGCUGGGCUGGCGCCAGGAGCCCCUCGACCUCCCCAGCUGGGUGACCCGCUAUGCCGAGCGCCGAUAUGGUGCCCCGAACGGCGCCGCGGCCGCUGCCUGGCGCCUGCUCCUCCGCAGCGUCUACAACUGCACUGGUGUCUGCGUCAACCACAACCGCAGCCCGCUGGUGCGCCGGCCCUCCCUGCGCAUGGACACCGAGCUGUGGUACAACGCCAGCGAUGUCUAUGAGGCCUGGCGCCUGCUGCUGAGCGCCAGCGCCCAGCUGGGCUCCAGCCCCACCUUCCGCUAUGACCUGGUGGACGUGACGCGCCAGGCGGCCCAGCAGCUGGUGGGCGACUAUUACCUGAGCCUGCGCCAGGCCUUCCAGAGCCACGCGCUGCCGGAGCUGCUGACGGCCGGUGGCGUGCUGGUCUAUGACCUGCUCCCAGAGCUGGACAGCCUCCUUUCCAGCCACAGCCUCUUCCUGCUGGGCCGCUGGCUGGAGAGCGCCCGUGCCAUGGCCACCAGCGACCAGGAGGCUGAGCAGUACGAGCUGAAUGCCCGGAACCAGGUGACACUCUGGGGGCCCAGCGGGAACAUCCUGGAUUAUGCCAACAAGCAGCUGGGGGGGCUGGUGCUGGACUACUACGGCGUGCGCUGGAGCCUCUUUGUCUCUGCCCUGGUGGAGAGCCUGAACUCGGGCAACCCCUUCCACCAGGACCAGUUCAACCAGGCUGUCUUCCAGGUGGAGAGAGGCUUCGUCUACAACCAGAAGCGCUACCCAGUCACACCAGCUGGGGACACGCUGGAGAUCUCCAGGAAGCUGUUCCUCAAAUACUACCCCAGUGCCUUGUGGCGCAGCCGGGCUGGACUGGCAUGACUUUGGCCAUGCCUCUGGAAUCUCCCCCAGGAGGGAGAACAGAGACCACACACCCUCCUGUGUCCAGGCUCCCACAACUCCUGGCCUGGCAGUUGCAUCCUGGCCCUGCUGGGAUGAAGGCACAGAGUGCUGGGGGACCCUGGCCAGCCUGGACCCAUCAUUCCCCAGCCUGGGCAGGACUGGGGACAGGCUGUGCCCCACGGACCCCUCCUGUGCCCUUCUCAGCCAUGCCAGGCUGCACUGAGCCUGUCCCCGGGAAAGCUGGGCUGCCCCAGGCUAGAGCUGCUCCCAGCUGGAAACCUGGCAGGAGCUGGGACUGUGCAGAGGAACAGGGCACGUGUUCCUGCUGUGGGGCCCUGCCUGGCAAGGGCAGUGAUGGCAGAGAAGCAGCCAGGGAGGUGGCAGUGGUGGUGGGACCAGAGCAGCCCCUGCCAAGGGGAGCCGGCCUCACCCCUGAUGGGGUCCUGGGUCUCCCUGUCGCAUGGACCCCAGUGCCUGCAGGGACCCACUGCUGCACAGCCCCAGCCACACUUGUGCCUUUGGUAUCAGAAGAAACUGUGGCACUUGCUGCGCUGCUGCUGGGGCCACACUCCCCAAGACAGGGAUUUUUUAGGCCUUUGCAGCCCAGCUGUGGCCCAGGCAGAGCCUGGCUGUGGUGCUGCCAGCCUGCGGAGCCAUUAAAUGCUGUGGAGUGCA